CGCUAAAGAUGAUUGAAGUAAAGUACAGGUACCGAUAGCCGCAGACUUGGGUAUUACAGUCCCUACCUGAGGUACCUACGCAGUAAGGUAGCUCAGGGCUACCCCUGCAUGAGAGUACCGUUCCUUCUGCGCAGAUCAUCGCUCAAGCCACAAAUUUCCAACGCAUGUGAGGCCACAGCCAACAAUCAACCUCAUGCAUAGCCCUACGGGACCACCUCAUCUUCAUCGCUCAGAGUCAGCUGUAUAGGCAACCUCGGCGACACAACACGACAGGUCUUUACCUACCCGUACGUGCUUCUGAGUCCCCUUCAGCCGGACGCCUCAGCCACAGCAGCCCGACCCCUUGCAUCUUUCAACCUCUCCCAUAGACUCUUCCCGCCUUUCCUUGCUGACCCUGAACGCCCCCGCCAUAUCUGAUAUCCCGCACUCCUCGCAACUCACAACCCAACACGCCAAGGCAGACAAGACAAUGGAGACGAACCACAUCGAUAGCCUCCUGGAGCGCUACCUCGUCCUGCUGGACGAGUACACGGCCUUGCGCGAGCGCCUCAGCGGGACCCAGGCGGGCAUAUAUCAGAACAUUGCACGAGCCAACUUCUCCGCGGAGAGGGGCGUCCGUUACGGGCCGGAUUACUACGACGAGCGCAUGCGGGCUUCGAGGACCCUCGAGGUGGCUGUGGAUGACACGGGUGUUCCCCAUUUUGAGGUUGUCAAGGUUGCGGAGGGGGGUGAUGCUGUGACGGACCCGAAGACGGAGGCCACGGAGGCUGCAGCGGCGACGGCGACGAAAAAUGAUGAUGUCGAUGAAGCCCCGAGCGUGGAGCCGGAAGGGGUAGCCUCCGUCGGUGGGGGGCAGACGGAGAAAGAGGCCGAGGAAAAGGAUGAGGCGGAGAACGAGAAGGAAAAGACGAAGCAAAAGAAGAAGAAGAAGAAGAGUAAUGAUCCUCUUCGGUGGUUCGGGAUCCUGGCGCCGAUGCCUCUGAGACAGGCACAAUCGCUCUCGGUGCAGGCCAUGCAGGACAUCAUACCCCGGUUAGUCUCGGUGGACGCCGAGAUGAAGGAUAUCGAGAUCGAGGUCCGCCGGGCGAGGAAGAGGCGGGCCAAGGCUGAGGCUGCGGCGUUGAAGAGUCAUGAUGUAGAUGAGGGCGCGGAAGCUGUUCGGCGUGAGACACAAGCCCCGAUGGCUGCUGUUUGAGUUGAUGUGAGGGGGUUUCAAUUCUUUCAUCGAUGGAGAUUUCGAUAUUGGUCUGUAACCAUCAAUGUGAAGUUUUCUCUUGAGCCGGGAAAGCUACGAACUCUACAA